CGCCUCCGAUCACCGAUCUUCACCAACUCAACGUCAAUUGACCUCCACCUGCCUCUGUUGCUCUUCUUCUGCUCCGGUCCUUCUGGCGAAACAGCAAUGGUCAAGUUCUACAAGUCCUUCUUCACCCACAACCACGACUUCAACACCUUCUCGCUCGCCUACUUCCUACGCUACCCAAAUCCCUAUGCUACCCAUGUUCUUUCUGUCGACACACUCGAGCGCUUCGUCGACGAGCAAGGCCGUCUCCACACAAAGCGCCUAGUCGUCAAGCGCGGCAAGCUACCCCACUGGUGCAAAGUCCUUCUCUCCUCCUCGAAACUAAACAUCUCCGAGAGCAUGAUCCUCGAGACCUCCAUCAUCGACCCUCGCAACGAGCUCAUCCUUUCCGAGGCCAAAAACAUCGACUUUACAAAAAUAAUGCGCGUGGUCGAGUCCGCCACCUACAAAGGCGACGUCAGCGCUGACGGCUCAAAAAUCGUCCGCGCAAACACCACCGUCUCCUUCCUCUCUUCUUUCGGCUUCGACUCGAUGAAAGAGAGAAUGGAGCUCUGGGGACAGCGCAAAAUGGGCGAGAACCUGAAUCGCUCGCAGAAGGGAAUGGGAUAUGUCAUGGACCGGCUGCGCGAACAAGGCGGAAAGAUCAAGGCUUUCCAGCUCGCCAUGGCUCAGGAGGCCAAAGCUCUGCAGGUCGUCUGAGAGACUGUAAUUCAGAGUCUUUCACUAAAUCCUCAUUUCUUUACAUUUUCAACCAUUUGCAAUACGGAGUUCUCUUUUGUUUUUUGUCAAUUUUCUUAACGUUCUGCUAUCUGCUUCUUUCCUUUUCCGUCGUUUAUCGUCCUUAUCGAUUUGAUAUUGAAUUUUUUGGCGCUUUGGGUAUCACUGAUUUUUGCACAUCUUCUUUAUGCCAUGUUUUAUUCGGUCCCGUCAAAAUCGUGUUCUAUGCUUUUCUUCGGCAUCUUAUGAUCCUUCUCUUUUGGUGUUUGCCAUCAUCACUCCCCCCCUCUCGCUUUCAGUACCAGUUGUACAUCUCUUGAUUGCCUGAUGUCUAUUGACGUCAAGCAGCAAUCUACUGCUUGCGACUUGUCUGUAUAUAAUUCGCAAAAUCAAAAUAAGCAAUUCGCUUUCUCAAUUUU